AUGUCAAGCAUAUACAAACUAUCCAUAAAGGGUAUCAGAUCAUUUGAACCUGAAUCAGAUGAAACGAUUCAAUUUGGAUUCCCAUUGACGUUAAUCUGUGGUCAAAAUGGAUGUGGGAAAACAACCGUCAUUGAGUGUCUACGAUACGCAACUACAGGUAACCUUCCACCGAAUUCAAAGGGUGGUGCCUUUGUUCAUGAUCCAAGUCUCAGUUCCCGAACUUCAGUGACAGGCCAAGUGAAGUUGGCUUUCAAGAAUGCCAAUGGCAAGUCAAUGAUCACAACGAGAUCAGUACAAGCAAGCAUCAAGAAUACAAAGACUGCCAGUACUAAUACAAUCACAUUUAAAUCGAUGGAAGGCCAAUUAGCUUAUAUUGAAAAUGGUAAAAAGACAAGCAUAUCGUCCAAAAAUGCUGAACUUGAUUCGCAGAUCCCCAUUUUUCUCGGUGCAUCAACAGCAAUUCUAGAUAAUGUGAUAUUUUGUCAUCAGGAUGAAAGUUUGUGGCCCUUGAGUGAAGCAUCAGUGUUGAAAAAGAAGUUUGAUGAUAUUUUUGAAGCCUCAAAAUUCACCAAAGUUAUUGAUAAUUUGAAAAGUAUCAAAAAAGACAUGACUACGGAUAUAAAGUUGAUUGAGCAGAGCGUUAACCAUUUAAAAAUUGAUAAGGACCGUGCAAAAAAGGUACGCGAUCGCUUAGCCGAGAUGAACCAUUCGGUUGAGAAGUUUACUUCAGAGAUUAGCGAAUUGAAUAUUCAGAUUGAGCAAAAGGAUAUCGAGGCGGAGAAAUUAUUUGCAACGAAUCAAGAGUUCCAAAAGACUUUAAGUGAUUACGAAAAUAUGUUGAUGAAAAAGGCUUCCCUUGAGGAAAACAUUGAAAGAUUGAAGAAUUCGAUUGAGAUUUUACCCGAUAAUGACGAGGAAUUGCUCAACAAACAACAAAACUUUGCCGUAAUUGUGGCUGAUAAUAAAAAGUCAAUCGGCACUUUACAAAAAGUCGAGCACGAUCUUAAUUCCAGCUUGAAGGAGAAAACAAAAGAGUAUAAUGAAUUGAUAAGGUUGGAUGGUUCACUCAAAGCCAAGAAAACAGAUUAUGAUGCCAAUAAAGGUAAAAUGACCAAAUUGAUGAAGGAAAAUGCGGCAGAAGUUGAUCUUGAUGAAGAUGAAGAUGAAGAUGCCUCAAAGAAUAUAGCCAUGUUCAAGGAUGCCAUAAGCAGUAAACUUCUGGACGUGCAAAACGAGGAAAAAGAAUUGCUUUCAAAUCACAAGUCCAUUGAAGCGGGAAAGCAGAAGCAAUUGAAGGAAGUUGAAGACGAGAUACUCAAAGACGAGCAAACAUUGAAGUAUAUUGACAGCGAUUUGCAAAAGUUUCAGCAAAAUUUGAGUCAGUUGAAAAGGAAAUUUGACGCAUCCACGAAUGAUGAAUCUGAAUUGGUUUCGCGGAAAGAGGAGUUGGCUGCGACCAUAGAGGAACUCGAUUCUAAAAAAGGUAAAAGAGAAGUGAAAGAGCUUGAUGCGAAAAUAACGGCGGGGAAUGCCGAAAAUGCAAAACUUGAGUUUGAGUUGGACGAGAUAUCCAAACGAUUGCUGAUUAGUAACAAGCAGUCAGGAUUGAGAACACAACUAAGAUUUUUUGAGGACGAAGUCAAAUCAAAAAAUGCAGAAAUAGACAAAAUUAUGCAAAGAAUCAACAACAAUUUUAAGUCGGUAGUUGGACUUGAUAUUGAUGUUGAUUUUGCUGAGCCCAAGCUUAGGGAGAAGUACGAGGAGUUGAAGCUGGAAGUGGACAGUCGGCAAAAAAAAGUGUAUAAUAUUCAAAGUGAAGUUGAAUCAAUGAAGAACUCAAGAAAGGGGAUCUUGAAUAAUAUAUCCGACAAUGCAUCCAAAAUCGAUGGGUUGAAAUCAGAUAUCACCGAAGUUAUUCAAGAGACGGAGAUUGAUGAGUAUGAAAGCAUUUUGCGUGACUUGGAGGAAGAUUAUCGAAACGUCACUGAAGAUGUGAAUACUUCUGAAGUGACAAAGAGUUAUGGUAAAUCAGCAUUGGAAAUGGCAGAGAAAAAUAAAUGCUGCUUAUUAUGUAAGCGAAUGUUUGACGAUCCUGCAUUGCAAAAGUUUAUCAACGAAUUGAAGCAAGGAUUUGAUGAGGAGAAAAUUAGAGAGGUGAAGAAAAAUGCUGAGGAGAUAGGAAAAGAGUUGGAUGCUAUAAAGAAUAUAAGCUUGAAGGUGAUCAACUAUAAGGAAUGUAUCGCAUUAAAGCCGAAACUUGAGGAAGAUUUGAACACUAUUGACGACAAAAUUAAUGGACUAAGCGACACAUUGAAAAAUGAAAUUAAAACACUUGACAGUACGAGACAAGCAUUUGAAUCUGCCGUCAUCUUGAAAAAGCCGCUCGAUGAUGCGACCAGAUUGAAUCAUGAAGUUCAAGACCUUGAUAUCAAAGUGGACAAGUUAAAUGAUGAACUAGAUGAAUAUGGUACGUGUCUAGCCUCUGUAGAGGAGUUGCAGAGACAACAACAGGAUAUGAAUGUAAAAAAUCGUAAAAUUAGACAAGAGGUGGCUAACUUGAAUGACGAAAAGUACAAGGUGCAGAAGGAUAUUCAGAGGUUGGAAAAUAAAGUCAAGGAUGUGAAGUUAAUUAUUAGUAACCUAGAGAGGUCAUUGGCGGAAGUACUGAAUAUUAAACGAUCCAUAGAGGAUCUAGAAACAAGCAUUACCAGUUCUGAAUCUAGAAGUAGAGAAAUUAAAUUAAGGUUGCUGCAUUCAAGAAAGAGCAGGGAGAAAGAGUCUCGCGAAUUGAAGCAAAUUCAAAUGGAUCAUUCUCUGGCAGCAAGCCAGAUGCUGAAGAAAGUCAAGUCACUUGACUCUUCAGUGGGAACAUUCCAAACACUUUUUAUUGCAGUGACCGAUUUCGAAGCUGUCGGAUUGCCUAGAAUGGAGACAAACAUUUCCAAAAUCGAAGCAACUUCGAAGGAGUGUGAUUCCAUUAAGGCGCGAAUCUCGGAAAAUGCUAUUAAAAUCAAAAAUUAUGAGAAAUUAGUGAUGGAUUCUUCGCGUGUCGAGCACAACAUCAUUGCCAACAUUGACUAUCGGGCACAAAUUAGUCGUUUGGAUGAAACUGAAUUUCAAUUGAACUCAAUCGACAUUGAAAAUGCUCAGUUGCAAAAAGAAGAAUAUCAACAAAACUCGAAACGUAUUCGAGAUGAAAUAUCCAACCUUUCUUCACAACAUGCUGGGAAAGUAGGUGAAGUGAAGCAAAUUAAGGAUCAAAUUGAAACAUUGAAGAAGGAAUUGGCAACUGAAUAUAAAAAUGUUGAGGAAAUGUAUCAUGAAGAAUGGAUCAAGUUGCAAACUAAUUUGCUUGUGUCUAAUGACAUACAAAAUUACUCAAAGGCAUUGGACAAUGCCAUUAUGAAAUACCAUAGUAUCAAAAUGGAAGAUAUAAAUCGUAUCUUGACUGAAUUAUGGUCCCAAACCUAUCAAGGAACCGACAUCUCAACAAUAGCUAUCAAGAGUGACGUUAAUCUUCAGGCUAAAGGUAAUAGGUCGUACAACUAUCGAGUGGUUAUGGUUAAAGAUUCAAGUGAAUUGGACAUGCGAGGCCGUUGCUCGGCAGGGCAAAAGGUAUUGGCGAGCAUUUUGAUUCGGUUAGCAUUGGCUGAAUGUUUUGGGUCAAAUUGUGGUAUAAUUGCCUUGGAUGAGCCCACAACCAAUUUAGAUAGUGAAAAUGCUGAGGCGUUGGCGUCGGCAUUGAAUCGAGUCAUUGAUUAUAGGAAACGACAACUGAACUUUCAAUUGAUUGUAAUUACUCAUGAUGAAAAGUUUUUAAGUCAUUUGCGUGAGUUUACUGAUCAUUAUUACCGAAUUGACAGAGAUGAAAAGAGCAAGUCGAGGAUCUAUAGGAUGAGCUUUGCAACGAGGUAA